CGAGGAGGAAAGAGCUGCGAUGUCUUCUCGACCGGUGUCGUGAUCUCUUGCUCGAACUGGGAAAGGUUCUGCAUCGAGAAUCUGUACCUACGAGUAUGAAGGAGAACCUCGAGGCUGUCGCGAGGGCAGUGAAGAUGGCGGGAGAUGUCGCCCUCUUCGUGCGGCGACAAGGCUUCUGGUGGUGCUUGGUUCACUCCGGCGACAUCGAUCGCAGUAUCAUUGCUGUGAAAACGGCUAUCGAUGAUGCUUUCACUGAAUUCAAUAUCGUUGCCCAUGCAGAUAACGCAGAAUUCCAGGCACGAGUGGAGAACGCACGACGACAGGAUCAUGCCGAUAUCUCGCAAACAUUACAAGAUAUCGGUGGUCAGAAUCGUCGGGUAGAGCGGUUGCUGGUAGGGCUAGCUCAGCAAUUGACCGUCCAGAGUCCCAUCGAGGCCACGACAACAAUAGCUGUGGACGUUUCACACUCCAACCCUGUCAACAUACCUCUUACCAUCAACCCUCAAAGUACCGCGAGAGCGAAUGUCAGACUACCUCCGCGUCGGAGGUCUGGCUUACGGCAGGCGGCAUACGUCCCGUCAUGGACCGUUCCACCUCGUGUAUUGCUGGUCGAGGACGACCCUUUGUGCAGGAUGUUAUCCAGUAAGAUCCUCACCAUCUUCGGAUGUACAAUUCAUGUGGCAGUGGACGGGUUGGCGGCGGUCGUCAAGAUGAAUUUCGAAAAGUACGACUUGGUUUUGAUGGACAUCAUGCUGCCAAAACGAGACGGUAUAUCGGCAACGGUGUUAAUCAGGGAGUUCGAUAAUCUCACGCCUAUCAUCUCGAUGACGAGCAACAUGAAGCCGAACGACGUUAUGACUUAUAUUCGCUCUGGCAUGAACGAUGUUCUUCCGAAGCCGUUCACAAAGGAAGGACUGAGGGGUGUUCUCGAGAAAUAUCUUUCGGCAGCACAAUUGGCCACGAGCUCAUCUACUGGGACUAUGCUUCCCGACUCGUCAAUAAGGCUACCGCAAUCACACUCUGCAACCACUCGGCCGAAUGUGACAAGGUUCAAAUCAUACCCUACUUGUGCGUCGCGGACCAUCAGCGUCAUUGGAUGAUUUUGUAGACGCGUGUGGGGCCCGGGGAAUCUGUCUCAUGGGAACACAUAGUAUCGGUAUUGCAGAACUUAGUGGAUUCAGCUUCUCUGGAUACUGGCUUGUGGCCAAAAAUGAGGAUAUGUUAUCACUUCGAAGCUCAUCUGCGCGUCCCUCCGAGUUCUCUGUUUGAUGCGUAUAAUCUUCUUUUUUCUGUUUCUUAGGGCUUUAGGGGUUCUCGACCCAUUCAUCCAUUUCUAGGAUAUGCCAUUCUGGUAUGCUUUUCCUUGUAUACGUUUUACUUUUCGUGGCCCAACACUGUCCCACAGCGGGAUCUCUGUUUUUGGACCAGUUGUCUCUGCUUGAUCCCCUUCUCAUUAUUCGUGAGACUGGGCCUCCUUGCUUGGACUGCUCUGACAUGGGUGCUCUUCCGUACCCCGCGGAGUGUACGCGUGAUGAC